AUGGCCAACCAGAGCGGGAACACCGGGUACAUCAAGCCCUUCGACCCUGCAAAUCCUGAGGGCUGGGAGUCCUACUCGGAACGGGUCGAGUUCUACCUCCGGGCCAACAAGAUCACCGACGCCGGAUCAAAGAGGGAUGUUCUCCUGAGCGUCUGCGGGCCAGCCACGUUCGAGAUCGCCAAGGGUCUCUCGGCUCCCGCCCGCCUCGCGGAGAAAUCCUACGAUGAGAUCAUCAGGCUCCUCACGGGCCAUUUCUUGCCGCAGCCCUCACGGGUGGCCCGCAGAUUCCUGUUCCACAAAAGGGACCAGACCGCUGGAGAAUCAGCCGCGGACUACUUGGCGGCCCUCCGCAAACUCGCCGGGAACUGCCUACCGCUCGACCCGACGGUCAGACCGAUCCGGCUCAAGGCAAGGAGGGUCCCCUUCGCCUUGAAGCCCAAGAUCGAGGCAGAGUUGGACCGCCUAGUAGCACAAGGGGUCCUGGAGCCGGUCGAUUACGCCAUGUGGGAGACCCCCAUAGUGACUCCGGUCAAACCCAAUGGGGACGUGCGUAUAUGUGCAGAUUACAAGUGCACAAUUAACAAAGCGCUCCAAGACAACCCCUACCCAGUGCCGGUGGUGAGCCACGUCCUGGCUGCUCUAGCGGGGUCUAAGGUCUUUGGGAAGCUGGACCUGGCCCAGGCCUACCAACAGCUCCCAGUAGACGCCAAGACGGCGGAAGCCCAGACCAUAGUGACACACAGGGGGGCCUUCCGGGUGAAGAGGCUACAGUUCGGGGUAAGCGUCGCUCCGGGGAUUUUUCAGAGUAUAAUGGACGCUCUCCUUAAAGGGAUCCCCGGAGUGCAGCCGUUUUUCGACGACGUUUUAAUCGCCGCCCCCGGCCCCGAAGAGUUCGGAAAUCGCUUGAGAGAGGUGCUCCGCCGGUUCCAGACAGCGGGGCUCAAGGUCAAACGGGAAAAAUGCUUGCUGGGGGUCCCACGGGUGGAGUUCCUGGGUUUCGCCGUAGACUCCGCGGGAAUCCACCCAACAGAAGAAAAAACUCGAGCCAUCCUGCAGGCCCCGGCUCCAACCUGCAAGGCGGAGCUCCAAAGCUUCUUGGGGGUGCUGAACUUUUAUCAUUCGUUCCUCCCCCACAAGGCAGCCCUCGACAUCCUAGUAUCUAAUGCGGUGCUCCACCAUUUUGACGAGGGUCUCCCCGUCAUCUUGGCGUGCGAUGCGUCGCCCUACGGAGUGGGGGCAGUCCUGGGGCACCAACUCCCGGACGGGAGGGAGGUUCCGGUGGCAUACUACUCCCGCACGCUGGCUCCAGCCGAGAGCAAUUACGCGCAGAUAGACAAAGAGGCACUGGCAAUCGUGGCGGGGGUCCGCAAGUUCCACGAAUAUCUGUACGGGCGGAGGUUCACUAUUGCCACCGACCACAAGCCUCUCCUAGGCCUGUUGGCCCCGGACCGGCAAACCCCCCAAAUUCUCUCACAGCGCGUGUUGAGGUGGAACCAAUUCCUCAACUCCUACACGUACACACUGGUGCACAGGGCAGGCAAGGCCAUGGGCCACGCGGACGCGCUCAGCCACUGGGUGAUGAGGGGCUGGCCGGAGGGGAACAUGGGGGAAGAAUUCAAACCAUACACGACCAGGAGGGAGGAACUAGCCGCGCACAAGGGGUGCCUAUUAUGGGGAAGCAGGGUGGUGAUCCCGCCUCCGCUGCAAAAGCGAGUCCUGGAAUCCCUACACGAGACCCAUCCCGGCAUAGUCCGAAUGAAGGCGUUAGCCAGGAGCUACGUCUGGUGGCCGGGAAUGGACGGGGAGAUUGAGACGUGGGUGCGCAGGUGUCAAACGUGUCAGGAGUCAAGGCCUGAGCCCCCCAGCGCCCCCGCCACACGGUGGGAGUCCACCCGGAAGCCCUGGUCGAGGCUCCACAUCGAUUUUGCGGGGCCAUUCCAGGGUCAAAUCUUCAUGAUCAUUGUGGACGCCUAUUCCAAAUGGCUGGAGGUCAUUCCCGUAGGGUCCACCUCAGCGGCCGCCGCCAUCAAAGCGCUGCGCAGGGUCUUGUGCACCCACGGUAUUCCGGAUACCAUAGUCUCAGAUAACGGGACAGCAUUCACAGCGGCGGACUUCCAAGGGUUCCUCAACAGAUACCUGAUUAAACACAUUCGCUCCGCCCCCUUUCACCCGGCCACUAACGGCCAGGCGGAG